AUGGCGGAUACUGAUACUGAUAGGAUCAGCGCUUUACCCGAUGAACUUCUCUGCCACAUGCACAUGCUGUCGUUUCUCCAAACCAUUGAAGCCGUUGCCACCAGCAUUUUGUCAAAGAGAUGGAGGAAUCUCUGGCGGUCAGUAGCCGCUCUGAAUUUCUACACCAACACAGAGCACACAUCCGAAGCCGAUGCUUUCUUCUUCAACGACUUCGUCACUUAUCUUGGAGUCGUGCAUCAUCAUCAUGACUUUCCUUCAUUUCAUAAUUUGACCCACUUGGAGCUCGUCAUUGAACCGGAUAAUUCGCUAUUGCUAGCUGAAAUGCUCAACCACUGCCCUAAGCUUCAAAGUCUUUCCCUUGAGAGAUUACAUUGGAACCGUGUCCAGGAAAUUUGGAUGGAACCCGAAUUUGUCCCUGAAGGGCUUUCAUUAAAUCUGAAAACCUGCUCGUUUCGACAUUUUAAAGGCCUAGAAGUUGAGCUUCAGUUAGCAAGAUAUAUUUUGAAGAAUGCGAUUCACAAUAAUUCUAUAUUUGAUUCCCUACAUAAAAUGGCUAUGAAAUUUUCAUUUGAUUCUGUUAUUGAUAGCUUUUAUCUUCCACAAGUUGUAUCCAUGUUUGCCUAUCUUUCUACCAUUUAUCAAACACAAAAUAUUUCAUCUACCAUUAUUCAAUUUUCUGCUCUAACAUCACCACAUGUUUUCUUAGAAGAAUGCCAGAGAUGCACCAAAGCACAAAAUUGUGAUCUAGAAAUUAUUUAUGUCCCCAGCACUUGGUUCUGUGUAUCAAGUUCAGAACAACUUUCAUGUUAG